UGUUAUGCUAGCUUAAUGCUAAUGAGUUUGUGAUGACAGGAGUAGCUGAGCGCCGAGGAGCAGCAGGUGAAUCAUUAACAGUUCCUAGUUUAUCACUGUCCCAACAGUAAAUAAACUGACAGGUACUGUAAGCGAAAAUGAUACGCUGUAUACCGGUUUCUCUUUCCAAAUUAAAAUAAUAUUAACAGCUCAGAGUGGACAAAAAGACGCCACCACGCCGCCGGAGCCUGGAUUUAGCAGGUCAGUUGCUGCGAGAGAGGGAACCUCAGAGUGGCAGCCAUGUUUUCGGCGGAGGAGAUUCUGUGCAACACGCAGCAGGUGAUCGCCGGGCUGGAGGCGCUGAGAGGAGAGAACCGCAGUCUGUUGGACAACCUGCAGGAGGCGCUGGAGAGCCGGGCGGCGCCUGAGAGCGGCAGCGUGGAACAGGAGAAGAGCGGCAUCAUCCGCCAAUCACUGGAGAGGAUCGAGCUGGGGCUGAGCGAGGCACAGGUGAUGAUGGCGCUGUCGGCUCAUCUGGGCUCUCUGGAGGCGGAGAAACAGAAGCUGCGUGCUCAGGUGCGGCGCUUCUGUCAGGAGAACCAGUGGCUGAGGGACGAGCUGGCAGGAGCCCAGCAGCGCCUGCAGGACAGGGAACAGGAGGUGGUGACCCUGGAGGAGCAGAACAGACACCUGCAGUUCAUGUCCUCCAUACGCAAGUACGACCUGGACGAGCCGCAGCUGGAUGACAAAGACGCGUCUUCAACCAAAGAUCCCCUGGAUGACCUCUUUCCUACUGAGGAUGAGGAGCAGUCACAGAUGUCCCAGCCUCACCACAGCAGUGCAGCGGCGGCAGCGCAGCAGGGGGGGUACGAGAUCCCCGCCCGGCUGCGCACCUUGCACAACCUGGUCAUCCAGUACGCCUCCCAGGGCCGCUACGAGGUCGCUGUGCCGCUCUGCAAACAGGUGGGAGGAGCCUCACCUUUAAACUGCACUAGCUCUGGCUCCUUGAAUCCCUGCAUCUCUUCUGGAAACUCACUGCAACCUCACCCUCUGUCCUGCAUCAGUUCAGCCCAAAGUAAUCGCUCCCAGGCUCUGGAAGACCUAGAGAAGUCCUCAGGUCACACACACCCAGACGUAGCCACCAUGCUGAAUAUACUGGCGCUGGUGUACAGAGAUCAGAACAAAUACAAAGAAGCAGCCAACCUGCUGAACGAUGCGCUGGCCAUCAGAGAGAAAACUCUGGGGAUGGACCAUCCCGCUGUGGCAGCAACGCUCAACAACCUGGCAGUGCUUUAUGGGAAAAGAGGAAAAUACAAAGAAGCAGAGCCGCUGUGUAAAAGAGCUCUGGAGAUCAGAGAGAAAGUGUUGGGCACUGAUCACCCCGAUGUGGCCAAGCAGCUGAACAACCUGGCCCUGCUGUGUCAGAACCAGGGGAAGUACCAGGAGGUGGAGCAGUACUACGAGCGCGCUCUGCACAUCUACCAGAGCAAGCUGGGCCCGGACGACGCCAACGUGGCCAAGACCAAGAACAACCUGGCAUCGUGCUAUCUGAAGCAGGGGAAAUACAGACAAGCUGAGUCUCUGUACAAAGAGAUCCUGACCCGAGCACAUGAGAAGGAGUUUGGAUCUGUGGAAGGGGACGGUCGUCCCAGCUGGUCCGGGGCAGAGGACGGUGGGGCGGGACAGGACGGGCUCAGUAACCUUAGGCGCAGCGGAUCCUUCACCAAACUCAGAGAGUCGAUACGAAGGAGCAGCGAGAAGCUGGUCCGCAAGCUGAGAGGAGUCGGAAUAGAGGACAAUAUUCAGAGCAACGCUGGGAUGAAGAGAGCGAACUCUCUGAAUGUGCUGAAUGAUCGGGACAGAGAGAGUCAGGACGGGGCCCAGUCGAGCCGCUUGGCAGAUGUUCGAGGACUGAGCUCCAGCACACAGAGCCUGACAAGAAGAGGCUCACUGGGUGGUACCAGUUAACACACACACACACACACACACACGCACACACAGCUAUCGCUCUCAUCAGGUGUUCUACACUAAAGUGAUUCCCCACUUUUGGAGAUAGUUGUCGCAACUGCAGACUUUGUCAAUAAUCUAACGUGCAAAUAUUCCUAAUUUAAAGAAUUUAUUACAUGUAAUCUAAGCUAUUGAGAACAUUUCACAGUUAGCACAAUAAUGACAUGUUUGUAUCUGGUGAUGACAAUUGUCUCCAGAAAGCGGUUAGAAUAUCGUUGUGAAGAACCUCUCCUUCCUUCCUGCUCACUGAAGAGGUCAUAUCAUUAUUUCUUGUUUUAUUGAACUCAGUUUCCAAAUUUCCUCACCAGGAUUGACACUGUUAGAAAACAAAGUUUUCUAUAUUUAAUUUCUUUAUUUUAACCAUGUCAUUAGCAGAUUAACAAUAGAAUUUCAUCUUUCAUAUUAGUAACAUUUCUAUUAACAACAAUGUAAAACAACAUUAUUUAUGUUUAAAUUCUCCGGAGAAAAACACUUGUAUCGACAUUAAGUUAUACAUUUUUAUAAAUUCACAGGAAUGUAAAGUUGUUUGCACGAUAAUCAAAACUAUGAUGCGUUGUCACAAUGUAAAAUAUUAUUGCAUUUGGUUUACAAGGGAGAAGUGAAGACGUUGGAACUGUUUGAGUUCUUUAAAUGUAUGUUGCCUUUAUGAUGUGCAGGUCCUUCUAAUCAUAUGACUGAAACAUCACAGAUGUGCUUGUUCAGCUGCUUUGCUUCCCAGUCCAGUUUUGACAUUCCACACUAUGAGAAUAAGGACCAACUUUUUUAAACUUGAAUAAAAACAAACUAGCUGCACAAAAUGAACACAUAUAAGAUUUUUUAAAUUGUACUAUUGAAUAUGGAUAUUUUUGCACAUUGAUCAAAAAUAUAUGAAUAUAUAUUAACUGACAAUCGAACUCUUAAGCUGGUAAAUCAAUCAAUACUUGAAUAUUAAAGUGAUAAAGUGCACACUUCCAUAUCCAGCAAUUAUUUGUCAGUGUUCGAACACUAUUCAGAGGUGUAUAACAAAAGUACUGCUGUGUGCCUGAGUCAGUGUUUAACUCAAAUGUGAGACCAGCUCAAAGGCAGGAGAAGGAUUGAAGCUAACACUGACUGAGCAGCACCUUUGACUGAGAGCCACUCUGUGUAGGAUUGGAACAUUUCUGACUGAUCCGCUACGCUGUCAAAUCAAAGAAAGUGGAAACCAUGACAUCCAGCAGAUGUUAGAGCAAGACUGUAUAGAAAAGGCUCUAUGCUGUACACAUUCAGCAAUUAUCCUUUUGUGUAAGUUCAGAAAUGUCUCAGACAAGCUUUGACAAUCCAACAUGAUGAUAUGUGUCCAGAGCCAAAAGCAGACAGAUACAGGUCUCAGCCUGUGAAGACGUACUUCUAGCAGCUGAAGGGCAACCCAGAGACACAAGGGGCUACGAGUCUGCCCCAUAUAACACUGAAACAAAUAUCAAAUGAUAUGUGAGAAUUCAUAUUCAUUCCUAAACUGAAUCAAAAAUAAUAUUCAACCUGAAAAACCUUUUCAUACUGUAUUAUCUUUUUUAAAACAUUCAAUUUACUUUUAUUCAGGAUCAAACUUUCAGAUUAAUGUUAUUUUUCACAUGAUCAACAUUUUUGGCCUGGAUCUAUCUCCAUAGUAAACCUGGCUCAGUGUGACUGAGGAACACAUUUAAGGUGGCCAACUUAAGAAUGUCUGUCACUGAUGCUCAUUCUCUGAAACGCCUGAAAUCCAUAACUAGCUGCAUCAUACUAUUGAAAAUAGUAAACUAGCUUUUAAUUUAACAUGUCAUUUCAUUGUGAUCUUUUGAUUUUUUUAUAGAAAGACUUACUUGAACUAUUACUCCAACUGGUGAUAUGACAACAUAGCAUGGACUAAAAUCAUUUAAUAACUAUAAUUGUAUGCAUACUCAAACCUCUGGAACGUUCAAAGACAUUGACGCAAAAACAGAGAGUGCUGCUUGGAAAUCUUCCCUCACUGAAAACAGCAUUACAUACUUUGACGUGGUUUCCCACGGUGGAGAACUACCGAUUAUCUGCUGUGGUAGAGGAUGUCACUGCUGCACCCUGUCAGGGCUGAAAGCGCACACUAGUACCUGUAGAAGCUAGUUUGAUAUGAAACACAUGUAAGAAUGUUACGUAUACAAUGGGAAAGUGGAAUAUAUCUCCUGAUGCUGUUUAUUCUGGUAAAUAUGUUUGUAUUUUAUAUUUGCAAACCUGAGCUGAAAUAAAUGACCUUAAGAUGUAAGAAAUGUGUAUUUGUUCGCAUUGCUUUGUCUUUUAGAGUUUGACAAUUUGUGUUUUCUUUAUUAUUAAGGACUGCUACACCAAUUU